ACACAAUGUCCCCGGCCAGGGCUCGAACCUCAACGACAAAGAAAAAAUUGCUUCGUAGAUGGUUUUAACUUAAUCAGGUCCUGUUGUAUUUCCCGAGGGAACUCCAUUUUACAGCUCCACCGCUAGCGUGUCUUAUAUCUCCAGGGUCGGAAAGUACUCAAUAUGUGGUCGGAACUGACGCAUUCAGAGUGCGAUAUAAUUCUCGUAGGUGAAAAGCUUUCACCCUCCACCCCAGAGCAAAGCCUAAUUUUCCUCAACACCUUCGUUGAACCGCCGAUUAGGACUCGGACCCACUCUCGUUCCCAGAGCCACGCGAAAAAAUCACUUCCGCCGUUGGAGAUGUCCAACAUGCUCAGACGUUCGGGUUUGCAGUAUUCAGGACGUUAAUUUCUAACUGUAAAUUUGAUCGGAGCUUACAGAGGAGGUGGAAAGUUAAACUUUAAGGCGUUGCCAAGUUGAAAGGUCAUGGUGAUAUCAAGUUCUCCAGUUCCAGUCGGGCCUGCGGGACAGCUCACCACACCAGAGUACAGUAACUGGCUUGCCCUUGGUCAUGCCUUAACAACUGUGUUGUGCCAGGGUCUUCGCCCAUUUAUAAAGCGAGAGACUGAAACCUUCUACAAGAUGGUAACAUCAAGAAUUGCAACUCUUUCAGCUGGACCCUGCACCUGUGUGCAUGUUCCAAGGAGAAAACCAAACCAGUACCACUCAAGCUCCUGCCUAUGGGCUAAUGUUCUACAAACGUAUCACCAUGGAAACAAACCAAACUGGAAACAAAGUGAUCCUAGUAAAUGGAUGGAUCCAAUCCUGGGCCCCUGGGAAAUAGCUAAACUCUUCCUUCCCGAUUUGGGAGGACAUGUGGAUAUUACUAGUGUGGAAGACAUGGACAUCACUGGAAUCUUAAAUCUGAUGUACUGGUGCAACAUAUUUGCUGUUUCACCUGCCUUAAUCAACGAAGUUCGCGAAACACGAAAUACAAAGUGGGUGCAUGUGCCUAAGCCAGAGUUGAAAGGUGUUGACAAAAAGAUUGCCUUUGACGCAAUUGAAAAGUUGCUCCGCGAUCCUCAAUUAGCCUGCGACCCAGAGGCUCAAAAGGCCCGCCAAGAGAUCGUAACUCUCAAAUGCGUGUCUGACUUGCACAAUGUUGAAGCUCAAGUUCAGGCCCAGUUUAAGGACGCGCUUGUGAACGAAAUGUCUGGCAUUAAGAGUACUCUGAGCAAGGAAUCAAGACGUAACAAAAAACAACGAAGCCAGUUGGAGGGACGUCUUCACAACAUACAAAAAACCUUGGAACAUUUAAACGACAGGAUGAAGGGUGGUGCUACCUUUACAGGCGUCGUCCAAAAUGGCGUGUCAUACUUGUGGAAUUGUGCGAUCAAAUAUUGUGGAAUAAUAAGAAGAACGCUGGUAACUCCUUGGUUGGUGAUCCUCUUAUUGUGCGGAUGUUUCACCAUUCUGGAUCCAAGAUCAUACAAAGAUGGAUGCCCUACAGAGGACGCUAGUGUGCCUUUUGAAACCAAAGAUAUCAACAUGUCCGACUAUUUGAAUACAGCCCGUGCAGAAAACUUCAUGGGUCGUCAGUGGCUGUACCGCGAAGUCGAAAAUGCACUUCUUGGAAGCGAUGUUUCUGGUGUUCUGAUAAUAGGAGAUCCAGGUGCGGGAAAAUCUGCCCUGUCAUCCCAACUUAUCUGUUCGAGGACGUCAAGUUCUUUGAUCCAUGCUCGUAUUCUAGGCUACCACUUGUGUAAGCACUCGGACAAAAAUACUCAAAUGACGGGAAAGUUCGUUCGAAACUUGGCAGAGAUGAUAGCUCGCAGGCUGCCGGAAUAUGGCUAUCUUGUUUCCAAUAGCACCUAUAUUCAACGCUCAUUUGUUCUUGAUUGCAUCCAAAAUCACGAUCCCGUGGGUUGUUUUGAACAAACAAUUUUGACACCUCUGAGGAACUUGAAGAACGAACCGAAAGAAAACUGGUACAUCGUGCUAGAUGCCUUAGAUGAAUGCCUUGCACAAGGUGAAACAAGUCACAGCAUUGUUUAUCUGCUGAACAACAAGAUUCCUCGGUUUCCGAAGUGGUUAAAGCUCAUAAUGACUUCGCGAAAUGAAUCUGACGCUUCUCCGCAUUCAAGCAAAAUAAAAGAAUUAAUUAUCGAUCCAGAAGACUCUAGGAAUCUUGAGGAUAUUGAGCUGUUUUUGAUCUCGAGAUUUUAUCAAGCUAGUCCUUUGCUCAACCAUGUAAAAUUGUGGUUUGGAGACGACAGCGUGAAAAGUACUUCAAAGUUAGUCUCUACUUUGCUCAGUAAAAGUCAAGGAAACUUUCUUUUUGUUAAAGAAGUGCUUCGUCACUGGGAACUCUCAAGACACGAGUUAAGUGAUGCGUAUGCAUUGCCAAGAACAUUAGGAGACCUCUACCAUAGUUAUUUUGCAAGGCUUUACCCUGAUACUAGAAGAGGAGGCUUUAACCCUGUUAGACGUGUGUUGGAACUCCUGGUUGCCACGUUUGAACCAUUGACACGAAAAGAGCUCUUUGAUAUUCUUAGAAUGAACGAAAGAAACCUAGAGGAGGAGUAUGAAUUUCAAAGUAGACUAAAGGAACUGGGUCAUUUUCUGAGAUACGGAGAAAACAAUACAGUAACACUGUAUCAUUUGUCGUUAACUGAGUGGCUUGUAAGUGAGAGCAACAGGAAAUUUCGCGUCAGUAAAAAGAUGGGACACGAAAAAUUAUGUGAUUACUACUUUAGUCUCAUUCGAGAUGGAGAUAAAUCUACAUUGUCCAAGUACAUUCUCACUUUAGCACAACACAUUGCAUUUGGGGGAUGGAGAGCAGCCUACGUUGAAGAAUUCCUCCAUUUUCCCUCACAGACAGUCAAUUCCUCGGAUCCGCAAAACAGUAGGACUCUGUUGCAUCUUGCUGCAACAAUUAACAGUUCAGAUGUACUGGAACUGGUAUUGCGGCAUUUCAGUGAUGUCGACUGUGUUGAUAACCGUGGAAUGACGCCCACAUUUCUGGCGGCAGAACAUGGACUUGUGGACAACUUGGCAUUUUUGGUGAGAAAAGGAGCCAAAGUUAAUCGAAAAACAAACUCAAUCAUUGCCAUGUUCAAAGAGGAUGUAAAAGCUGCCUUCCAGCAAGCAAAAUAUGGUUCCAGUGAAUUUCGUUUUCCCGACAUACGUGUACACGCGCCCGACUUUCAGUCCAAAUCCAGAUUUUUUGGUGCCACUCCACUUCACGCCGCUGCUCAAGGAGGGCACGUCAACGUUGUUCGUUAUCUCCUUGACAACAACGCUUUCAUUUCGACAUUUAAUUGUGCUCAUCAGACUCCAAUCCAGUUAGCAGCUGAAAAUGGACAUGUAGAGGUUGUUAAAAUUCUAUACGAAGCAGGUGCAGUGGCAGAUCAAACGGCUCUUCAUCAUGCGGCAGCAAAUAAUAGACUGGAAGUAGUGCAAUUUCUCUUAGAGAACGGCGUCAAAGAUACGUGCUUGAGAUGCGACGGCUCGUUUUAUUGGCUGAGGACAAAACAUCGCCUUCAAAGUAAUUCGCCUCUUCCUUUUCCGGUAAAAGAAAAUUGUAUUCCCCAAGAAAUGCUUAAUCAUAGCAUUUUUGAGAUGUGCAUUGACUGGGAAAGAAACUGGGACGAGCCAGAAGGCGUUAGUUAUGGAGAAUUGUUUGAUGACAAACAUUUAAUUUUAUGCCAUACUGCACUUCAUGCAGCUGUUGCGUCAGGACACAAAGAUGUUGUUCAUCAACUCAUUUCUCAACAAAUAAACGCGCUCAACUGUUAUGAUUAUUCGGGAAGAACACCACUGCAUGAAGCCGUUCGUAAAAAUGAUACACAACUAGUUGACAUUUUGCUCCAUAAACAACCACACAAGAUAAAUUACAAGUGCUAUCACUGGCAAAAUGUGAACACUCAAAUGGCUUCAGGAACAUUUGUAUCAUCCGGUAAACUUAAUGUUGAGGAAUCAAUUUAUUAUCACAAAGAUAUCUGCCAUUGUGGAUACACUCCUCUUCAUCUCGCAGCACGGUAUGGCCAUAAAAACCUCGGGAUAUCCCUCAUCUUCCGACAUGGGGCACACGUUCAUGCACAGGAUUGUACUGGAGCAACACCUUUCCACGUAGCAGCUUGUCACAAUCAGCGAGGCUUUGUGUCCAUAUUUUCUCAUUCGAAAGUUGGGGGUGACAUUAACGGCAAAGCUCUGAACGGAUCUACUCCUCUUCACAGCGCCGCAGCGUGUGGCGCUGCCGAAGUCAUUGGUGAUCUGCUUUACUUUAAAGCAGACCUCAGUGCUGUUGAUGAUGAUGGCCUGACGCCACUACACUACUCGAUUCUUAACAUUAAAUCAAGUCGGUUUGUUCAAAGAGUGUUAGUGAAUGACAGUUGUUCAAAUGGGUCUCUUAAACUGGUUCAGAUAGACCGACGGGGUCAUUUGACUACAUUUUUUAAAGAAGGCAAUCAAGUAAAAAACACAGACCGUUUUCCUUGGUUAGACACAUUUCUCAAUUUGGUUCUUCGGGGUUCCGACGUCGAUGCUGUUGAUAUAAGAGGAAGAACACCACUGCACGUUGCCGCUUACAAUGGUUUAUCUGAUGCUGUCAACAUUCUCCUACAGCGAAAGGCGGCACUCAAUAUACGAGACAAACAAGGCAAAACACCACUUGAUAUGGCGGUUGACAAUGCAACAGUUGUACCCAAACUUUUACCGUUCUUUUUAGCAACAGAAUUUCACAAUAUGCGACAGUCUUUAUGUGAUCACGAAAUGGUUGUUUACCUUCUUUUGUCUUAUGGCGCCUCAUUCAAGAAAUGUAAGCGUUCAGGAGGUAGCUUGCUUCAUAGGGCAAUCAUAAACCAACAACCUUACAGCGCACAACUGCUGCUGCUGAAGGGAGCCAGUUUAACAUGUAAAGACAGCUUUGGUCGAACACCCCUUGUAAGUUACCUGCACAAUGGCGGAGACUGGAUAGAUGUGGUCCUCAAGCAUUUUAAUGUGCCAGUUGUUAUAAAAUGUGGAAAGCCUUUCAAUGUUUCAGUUUUUCAUCUCCUGUGUUACCGGCCACCUACUGUAUCAGAUGAACAUUUCUUCGAGUAUAGACAAUGUGAUAAACGUGGAGAAUGUGAUCCUUCAGAAAGUAAAUUGCAGAAGGGUCCUCUGGCUAAAGCCAUUGAAAGGCACCCAUUAAAGCACGGUAUCAUAAAUUCCUGUUUGGAUUCCGAGGGAUUGACACCUUUACACAGAGCUGCACAAGGGGCAAAUCUAGUAGCUAUUCGCUACCUCCUUGCAAAUGGUGCAAAUGACUCGAUUUUAAGUCCACAAGGACUUGAUGCCUUAUCACUAGCUAUUCUUCACGCUGGUAACAAUUUCUGGGAACUAUCGGUAUUUAACAACUGGGAUGAACAAGUACUUGGAAUGACGAGGGCCUCUGACGCUGCAAUUGAACUUCUUCGCCAUGCAACGAAGACUCGUGGAUACCGAGUCAGAUGUGGCUCCAGUAAACCAGAACUGACAUUGUAUCAUUUAGCAGCCUCGCGUGGUCUGGUGAAGUUCAUAGAGGAAUUAUUCAAUGAGAGGAAGCUUCAUCAGUUAGAUGUGGACUGCCCUAAUGCGGAUGGAAUAACACCGAUGUACCUGGCAAAGUUUUUCGGAAUUCAAGUGGAAAGUGGCAUCUACAAUCCCUGGGAACACGUCAUCAGCAUCAUUGAAAGUUAUGGGGGAAAGAUGCGAUACCCGAACAAGGAUGCUGAAUAUAGUUUAAUCUAUAACCGCAUUCAUGGCUACAUUCCCGCAAAUGUUACGCUAGAUAUUAGGCCAGAUAUUCGUCAUUUCGUUUCAUCUCUUUUGUUGUUGUAUGAAAAAAGAAACAACGAUUCAUUUUAUUGUGGUUUACGUGGACUUCUUAAGAGCAUUGCCGAAGAUCCUUUAUCAGUGGCAUCAAUUUGGUAUGAGAUAGCGGCAAGCCAGAUGGUCGAAGGGCUUGCAACUAGUCAUCUGGUCAAACAGUGUUUAAGGAAGCAAACGGAAUUUAAUCGACAUUUGACAAAAUUAAGACUACAUCAACUAGCCCACCAGGAUUCCAUUUUAAAGAUCAGGAAGAAGGCAAAACUAAAUUUGAUCCACAAAGAACUGCACAACUUAAUGCGGACGCGACACAAGGAACUCUUUGAGGUCUUUGCCUGUGCUAAAUCGUUGAUGUACAGACUUCAACCACUUUUUGACGGAAAAAAGUUGAAGAUUUUUAUCCGGCAGUAUGAAGAAACUCCUCCUUUGUCAUUUUACCUAAAUCGGAUUUGCAAGGCCUUCGAGCAUGCCUUUGAUAUAUUACACCCUGUUCGAAAAGGACGACUUUCGCGUUUUGAACACCUUUUUUUAUACCCAAAAUUUUUAAACGAGCGAAUCAACUUCGUCACAGGAAGUUCUACUAUUAUUGGUCUCAGAAUUAAGUGGCCCUUGGACUUUUUUGUCAAGCUUUUCUUUGGUCACUUUCGGCGAUAUGAUUACGUGAACACUCUCCAGGUAGGAAUAGAGCAAGAUAAUUCAGGCGUCCCACUCUACACGGACAAAGAAAGACGGGUUCUUCAGACUCUUCAGUAGCAAAAGACAUUCUUUUCACGUCAGGCCAAAAAGGACCGAGAAAAAAAAUGCUGUAACGUUAGUCACCACUUCAUCACGUCAGUUGUUUCGUGAUGAAUUACAACCGAGUCCCAAAGAAGGACAAGAAGACCAGAUAGUUGACAACAGAUAUAUGAAAGAAAUGUUGUUGCUCUAGUUUUAAUGCCGAUUCCAUAUUGACGUACUCGAUAUUAUCUUAAUUGAAAUCUGUGAUGGUUAGUGCAUCAGACGUACGCUCAAGCAGUUUAAGGCCCGGGUCAGGAAUGUGAAAGGUUGGGUAGCUAUAUCUCUGGUUAUAUUUGUUUAACUAAACUGAAAUUCUCCCUGACUCGUCAGAAGCACCAAAUCUACUUUAAAAUGUCAAGGACGUUAAAACCUUAGUGUGUGUUAAAUUUGGUUUCAUUGUCACAUACGUCUUUAGAGGGAUAGCUAAGAAAUUUUAUUUACCAGUACAAGUAUUUGACCCGGGCCUUAAACUGCUUAAAAGACAUUUAUGUUUUUGAUUACCUCCACAAGGAGCCACUGACCUGAAGGAGCUUAGAGAUGUUCACAUAGAUGUCUAUUUUUUAAUAAUACUUAUAGGGGGUCUAAUUUACCCAAACGACGAGGACGAUGGCAACGGAAACAUCAACAUACAAACGUUAGAAUGCGUAGAAUGAAUGAAUGAAUGAAUGAAUGAAUGAAUGAAUGAAUGAAUGAGUGAGUGAGUGAGUGAGUGAAUGAAUGAAUGAAUGAAUGAAUGAAUGAAUGAAUGAAUGCAUGCAUGCAUGCAUGCAUGCAUGCCUGCUUUAACGUUUGUCUGUAAAACAAUGGCUAUCAAGCGUUUUUCGGCCGAAAAGAUAAACCCCAACGAUAAACUAUCAAUAUUGCUAUUUUGUAUUUACAUAUCGAGCUCAGGAUUGUGAUACCGAUAGACACACUGACUGGAAGAUCUCAGAGAUAAGUGAAGUUCUUAAGUAGCUAUCAAUCAUAAUUUUUAAGAAGAUUACGUCAUUUUUUAAUUUAUAAGACAUGUUUCGAUGUUACUAACAUCAUCGUCAGUUACUGAAUAUUUGAAAAACCGUUAGGACGAUAUAACAACUAGGCGAAACAUGCAUAGUUGUUAUAUAGUCCUAACAGUUUUUCAAAUAUUCUGUAACUGACGAUGAUGUUAGUAACAUCGAAACAUGUCUUACAAAUUAAAAAUGUAAUCUUCUUAAAAGUUAAGAUUUGCUUUCUGCUGUCUCGACCUUUUGGUUCCAGCUAUCAAUCACUUUUGCAUCCGAGUUUGCCCUUAGCGUUAUCGUUGUGCCAAGGUUAACUCCCUAAUGCUGAACCUACUUGAGUCCCGGGGCCCGGUUGUUCAAAGCACUAUUCAACUAUCAAAGGAAUAGCUUAAGUUUUUCACAAGUUUAGCUUUGUGACCUCAGUGAAGAUCUCUGUUAUUAUGUUUUGUCCUUCAGGUUGAUCUCAAACUCUAUAAAACAUUGGGACUCACAAACUCCCCGGUUAACUUUUUACCCGAGAUAAGCGUUAAGCAGCUUUCGAAAAACCGGGCACUGAUUGUACUUACAGCACACUGUAAACAGUAUCUCUUUUGCUCUAAAAAGAAGAACGGAAACACUAGCUAAACAAUGGGCGAACGGCGUCGCCACUCGCACCCUGGAAUAUCGUGCUACGCUCAGUGUUUGCGUUCUUCCUGAGUAUUUAGAGCAACAGAGAGACUACUCGCAGUCUAUACUUACAGUACCAUCCCUUGACAUGACCUCACAUGAACGGCACUGAAUUGCUCUCUGUCAAAUUGACUGUUUCGCGAAAUCUUUUUGUUUUUCAUCUGUUACACGGAUCUUCGUUCGUUUUCAGUAUCUAGUGAGUAACCACCUGAUAGAAAUCAUUAUCAAUUUACUAGUUGGCUCAUCACGCCCAGUAUAAACAAAUUUUGAAAGUUAGAACUCCAUCUUGCUCAACUACCAAACGGAAUUUGCAAAAAAUUGCACGUUAAUCAGAACAACUUUGACACAAGGAAAUGAGUUAAUCGAUUAUUCCACUUAAACGGGAACGGACUGGAAUAUAAGUGAGAGUGCAAGUGCAGAGCAAUGUAGUACAGAAUGCUUUAGUUAACAGACUGAUGGACAUCUAAUCGGAAAAGGGGGGAGGGGAAUUCAUAAGCAGAAUUUUACGGUAGUGUACCUGCUAAUUCCUAAACGAAAAACGAGCACAAAAUAAGGAUAUGAACAAGACGUGUAUCAAGAUAACCUCUGAUCUCAAUCAAAUGUAGCUAAAAUACAUUGAGGACUUUACAUUAUGUGUGUGUUCAUCAUUUCUAUUUAAGUGUUCACACCCCUUUUCCGUUCUCAAUGCUACAACUAGCAAAAUGCAGUUAUGUACCACUUCUAAGGUGUUUUGCCAACAUUGCGCAGGGGUGGGGAGGGGAAGAGCUGUAAAUACGGAGUAUUUCUAUAGUCUAAGUCUAGAUAUAUAGAUACGCGGCCACAGACUAGAGUGUCCUUAGGUAAAGUCUGCGUACGAGCCAAGUGGCCCAUCAGGCCAGAGCGUAUCCCGGUUUCUGUAGCAUGAAGCUACUAGUAGUAUUUCUACUCACCCCCUGGAUGAGAUGCUAGUCCAUCGCACACCCAGCAUUAAUUUCUCAGGUACCCAUUUACACAUCUGGGUGGAGAGAAGUACUGUGAGAGAAGAGUGUCUUGCCCAAGAAAACAACACGAUGUCCCCAGCUAGGGCUCGAGCUCGGACCGGUGGAUUCGGAGACGAGCGCACUAACCACAAGGCCAAGGCGCCUUCCACUAGAGUUUUUUUUAACACUGUUGAAAAUUGUUUCCAUUUUUUUCAAACUAAGCUGUUUGUUUUGCGUCAACGGGUGCAAUUUUUCGUACACUUACUUAAACCGAAUUUAAUAUUUCUGGCCGUUUUCUGAGCCCCGCGUUUAUGACAGCUGGUCUCCCAAAAUGACUGCCGCGAAAUCGGAACUGGCACAACGUCGCUUUUCUUAGUGCCGACAAAAAGGAUCCCCGCCCCUGGAGACGAGAACAAAAAGGUUUGUUGUACAAAAGCGAUUUGCAAUUGUUGUGGCAAUGAGCCAUAGCAUUGAAUGCCCUUUUGGCAAAUCGCAAGUGUACAGUAAUGAAUUGUACCUGGUGCGCGGUACUGCACAAAACCAACGUACUUUUGUUCUUCUGGGUCUAUUGGUAUCUAGAAAAGUUACGAAGUUACGCUCAAGUGGCCAUUACCUCACUCUCCGGUGUGUCAUCCUCGUUUAAU